AGAAAUAUUAUAUAACAAAGUAAGAUAUUAUGAAAAAGUAACAUAUUAACUCUUCAAAUUUGAAAGAUAAUGAGUCUGAUUUCUCUAUAAACUAAAUUCCAUGCCAUGGAUUCGAGUGCUAUGGCGUUUUUUCAAACGCAGUUAAGGUUUGUAGUUAAUAGAAGUUUUAUAUUGGCGAUUAUAUAUAGGCGCAGAAACUUAAUUAAUUGGGUGCAGAAAUAUUCACCAAAUUGAUACCAUAUUUACACAAGGGUGUUAACGUUUAAUACUUACCAACUUUGUUUACAUUUUGCUCGCGAUCAUAUUCCAAUUAUGCAAAAGUUUUGUUCUCAUGUCGCGAUUAAACAAUGCUUAGAGCAUAGUAUUAAACGAAGCCCCCGUGAGAGCCUUUUAACAGCUUUUACCUAUUUAAUAGGAAUGUAUAAAGGCAAGGGUUUAUAAACAAAAGCUCUUUUAAUAUUAACACUUAACGCCGUUUAAUAUGCGUACCAUCUCACAAAUGAAAUGUAGUUAAUAUUACCAGAUAUUUUAUAACCAUGAUACAUGGUUUUGUUUGUUUGUAGACAGUCCACUAUAUAUUUUCAUUGUAUCUACAGUAUAAAACAAAUUUAUUUAAAGUAGUUUCUGACUCAAUAAUUGUUCGUGAUUUUGUGUUUAUAAAUAAGUACAAAUCUGGCAAAAUGAUUAGGCGCAAAGGUAAACAAUCAGCUGUGCCCACCUACUGGCCACACCCAUGGUAGAAGACCCCCCACCUAAUAGGAAGGGACAUAAACCACUGGGAUAAUACCGGUUUGUCCAAAGGGCUCCAUCUAGAAUUUUUCCUUUUUUCUAUAUGAUGUCUGUGACCCCGAAGUUGCCCUCUUCCCCGCUGCAACCUCUAUUUCAGGUAACAUUCAUAAAUAUCUUGACCCACCUCUUGUUUAUUACAGGAGCCUAAGGUGGUUAAUCGUGUACAUCAGACGACAUCGGUUCAUGAAAUUUCUGGCCAUAUUGCUGGUGCUAUUGAUCUUAUUCAAGAUCCUAGAACCUAAUUACUUCUCAUACACCAUCUCGUAUUUUCGAAUUAUUAUCAAUAUGGUCAACACAGACAUACAACGACAUCAAGACGUGACGAAACAAGAGGCAGAGGUAGCUGUUAGCAAAAAUAUCAAUUGGAAAUAUAGGGUGUAAACUGUGAUACUGUUCAAAGCUUUGGAUUGUCAGGGAUACAACUACCUGAAAAAUACAAAGGGCUUCGCGACAUUUCGGCCAAGCUCCUUGGCGGGAGGUUUUAUUGAAUACCUUUUUGUGAUACUGUAUGCUUUAGCAUUUAUAUUAUACUGUCGUCAAGCAUGUUCUUAACAGGGGUCUAACACAACAAUGUAAUCACCAUGUUCCUAUCCAGUGUGUUUGAGAAGCACUCAUCCCACCCCGAACACUCACCAUCUUCAAUGUUUUUCUGGGGCCCACAAGGCUCUCUAUUUGCUACUGUAGUUUUCCACUACAAUACAGAGUACCAUAUAAUUAACCAUAUACUAGAACCAUAGAACCAUAAUACUAGGAACCAUUUUGUAAUUUUAUAAUAUUUCUACAUUUCAUCAUAACCACCAGCUUGUUUGGGGCUAUCAUCAACUACAGAAAAGAUUUAUGCAACAGAUUUGUAAGGUGAGAUGUACGUUCCUCUUAUAUUUACCAUGAAAUACUUGCAGCCAAUAGCUAUUAUGAAAAACAUUUUCAAAUAUCCACUUUAAAGUUAAGUUUCAUUGCAAUUCUUUAUAACAGGAGAAAAAUCUCCCCAAGAAAGAGUAUUUGUGGCUUGUCUCCUUGGUAAGUAAUUCACAUAUUGUUUAUCGAGUUUUUCGCUUAUUGGUGAGUGGAUUUCCCAGCAGCUAGGCUAUAUUGCCCAAUUGACAGAGGAACCGAUGGUACCUACGAUUUUAACCCAUUGAGUGGCAGCACUCUCCACCUGAUGAGUAAAAUCGUCUGGCGUUAGACAAAGUAAAAUACUAAAGUAGGGCGCAUCAGAGUGCAUUGCUACUAAUGGGUUAACGUUCUUAUCUGAGAAGACGCGAAAGUCUAACCACAUCAGUAAGUGGGGGGUAGGUAAAGGUAGCUUCUCAAUUAUUUUAAAACCUUGAGUAGAGGUCCGAUCAACGGAUCAAACCCGGGUCUCCCAGCUUAAAAAGCAAGCGUAGUGAGCACGGCACCAUAAGUGCUGAUUGUUUUUUUUUUAUUUUCUAGUCUACAGAUAAUGUCCUACCAGGAGCAGUCGCUGUGGCACACUCGAUAAGACGAAUAUCUUGUUACACGUACGACAGAAUAAAAAUCAGAUUUUCUCUGCGUAAAUGGUGCUAGUAUUAAAUUCCUGAUCGCAUGUACGCAUUGCGUACCUACUUUUGUAGUUACGACAACGCCCAACGUUGUCUGCGGGCCCUGAGAACGAGUUCAACAACGCCUAAAACCUUGCGCGUAUUAUAAAAUGUGGCACAUUAUUUUUCACUUUAGAAAAAUAGGAGCAAUGGUGACGUCAAAUUUAAAGAAUUCAACAAAGAGUAUUUUACAACAGGUAGAGAAUGACAUGGAUUGCUAGGGAUUGCUAGGGAUACAACUACAUGACAAAUACAAGGAGUACUUCGACUUCUGAGUGAAGGCAUUCAUCGUGAAGUUAGUGGGCCUUCGCUCAAAACGUCGAAAUUUCCUUGUAUUUUUCAUGUAGUUGUAUCCCUAUCAAUCUGAAACUUUUUUAUUAUUGCUACAAAGUACACUGGCAUACGCCGUUCAAGAUAAAAUAGUUCAUCAUUAAAACAUAAUUUUAUGAGGUUGGUUACGAGAUAUUUGAAGUGGAGUCUCUUGAUUGUAACUGGAUGGAAAAAUCAAUGAAUAUACCGCCAACCAACACAGGUGAGUCCAUGGAGAUAUCGGAGCAAGGACUGUAUGUAGUAAAGAUAUAUCAUUCCAUAAUUAUUUAUUGUGUCAAAGGUAUUCCAGGGACUCAUACAAGAUUUCAAGCAUGGACCUUAGUACAAUUUGAGAAAGUAAGUUACUUAAUUUAUCCACACACAUAAAAAAAUGCUGUUCCAACAACUUGUCAAAAGGAUGUGUUCGCACUGCUUGUUCCCAGCUUGUUGACAACUUGCUACAAGGUUGUUGAGCUCAACAGACUUGUUACAAGUUGUUCCAACAACUUGUUAUCGUCCUGCAAUUCAACAAUUUGUCAACAAGUUGUGAGUGACAACCUUGUAGCAACUUGAUAAAAUAACAGCAUUGUUACAACUUGUUGACAAGCUUGCUACAAGCCUGUUGCGAACACAUCUUGUUGACAAGUUGUGAGAUUUUGACGUGUGUACCACGCUCUUUAUCUUCCAUUUGGUGUUUUUCCUAGAUCGCGUAUGUGGACAUAGAUUACAUGCCCCUAACGAAUAUUGAUGAGGUACAAAAACAUGCCGUGGUUUGUGUUUGACACAAACCAUCGCAAUUUAAAAUUUAAUUUCAUCACGGUUAACCAUGCUAGUUUGUAUAGAAUUUUUUAACUCCUCUUAAUUUGUUCUAUAUUUCAGAUAUUUGAUUUACCGGGGGAGUUAUCAGCAGUUUAUUGUGCAAGACCGGUAAUAGUUUAGAACUUCUAGACACUACCAACCUCCUGAGUUUGACAAAACGACUCUCAACCCAUCUCAUAGACUUGGAUCAAGUCCAUCUCUCUAGAGUCCGAAUCGCGAACCCUCGGGACUCUUGAGAAACGGACUUAUCCAAGUCUACCCAUCUCAAUUUUUAGGGUGUUUUGGAUCCGUGUUUCAACGCAGGACUAGCUGUAUUUAGGUAUUUUCAACAAUCACUUUAUGCUGCUGAAUGACAGAACGAUUUAACCAUACUUGCCACCUAGAGAAGCGAAAUAAAGCUGAUUUAUGUUUUACAGACCAUCGAUGAAAACCCGCGCUGACCUCAUGGCCAAAUGGAAGGUAAUCAAUUUCCUGAUUAUUUUCACUUGACAUAUAGUUCAGGUUUGGCUAGAUGAAUAAUCUGAUUGACUAAUUGAUUAAAUAUUUCUAGGAAUUAACAGGGAUUAUGGGAUGCGUGAGUGAUCAAGUAGUAAUGUGGUACUACUUUGCAUUUACUGGUAGAAUAUUAUCAUAUUUAGUUCAACUUACUUUGCCUAUCAGAAGUUCAUCAUCUGUUUCAUUCUUUGUGUUGUGUUUUUAACAGAACGUUGGAAUCCUCUUCCAUAUUCAUAUAAUGUUCGUAGAAAGUUGUUUUAUCCAAUGAAAGGUAGCUAUAACAGAAUAUACAAUAAAGAAAACAACAAAUGUACGAAUGAUUAAGCUGGUGUACUAUAUCAAAGUUUCUGUGAUCACAGUAGGAAUUUUCAAUUUUGCAUACGUAAAUUGUAAGUUUUGAAGGAUUUGUAAGACAUGACUCGGCGUUAAACACCGAGACUUCCUUCAAAAAUUUCUUACAAAUUCUUCAAAACGUUGAAUUUAGUAGAACUACUUCGCAUCUGCUACAGGUCCGUAAAUGAAAGUGAAUAUAUAAAAUUGACACAAAUUUCCAUCUACUAAAUCCUUCAACAUUUUUAUAGCUUACCAUUUUGCUGGCUACGGAGUAACACCAAAACCUUGGGAUAUGAAAAAGCCUCCAACGAAGAAAGAGGCGUAUGACUUUCCUGGUCCUGCCUUACAGUGAGUGUGUUGGCUUAGAUUCAACGGGAAUCGUGUAUUAUGAGAGUCUUUGAGAGUCAAGCAAUGGGAAUUUGUCAACUUCAGAAAUAUUAGCGAGCUUAAGAUGCACAAAUCUGUGACGGGACUAAAAAACAGUCGCUAACAAUGGGAGACUAGUUUUACUUUGUUUUUCUCGUGUCCCUGGCUUUGUUUACCAACAACAAUCCAUCGUUUUCACCCAUGAAGUGAAACUGUGAUAAUAGCGGCAGUUUUUCGUCACGUCCGCGUCGUAGAUUUUGUCUAAAAGCGUCUCCUAUUGUCACGAAUUGGAACAAGUAAAUUAAACACCCCUUAGUUCUAUUUAUUUGCCUCCAAAUACAAAACUAUUACAUAUAAUGAAAAGAAUGAACCUUGUUUUCACACCAUCAGCUGCGCGAUAGUGCUUAGUGAAACCUACUUAUAACUUUAUUGAUGAAAAUGUUCAUUAUCUAGCCGAGAUGACAUGAACAUAUUAUGGUGGCAACUAUUCUACGAUGCCUUAGAUCAAUACAAUCUUCAUCAAUGGUGGAAUUCUAGAUGACGUGUACAAAAAGUUGUAUACUUAAUUUGUAAUAUAAAGAUACUCGCAUUAUAGAUGCUCCAGUCACGAAUAUUUAUAUCAUCAUGGAUAUUUAAAAGGACUAAUUGUAUUUAAAUGGGAUCGUGAUAUUUAUAAAACUCGUACGCUUUUAGAAGAAAAGGAAUAGCAUGGUUUCUACGGUUUUUAGAAUUGCAUUGAAGUUUUAUUUAUAGGUAUUUAAAGAAUUGUUCUUCCAACUGCUCUAAAUUGCAAGUCAAUUUUUCACUAAUAUAAAUCAUACUGGGUUCAUUUGUUCAAAGCUGGACUGGCGCUAACCCUGUAUUAAAAUUUAACCUGCUGUUUUAGUAUUUCUGCACGUUUGUUUAUUUCAACACAUCAGAGAAGAAAACUCCCAUUGAUCCAGACAAGAUUUCUGAAGAAAUAUUUCCAAAUUUCUGAACAAGCUGUCAGGAAGCUUGCUUUUAAUUUUAAGUUAACCUAGGGUUAAGCUUAUCAGCUUUUGAACAACUACCCCUGGUGUCUUAAUCAUAAACCCAGAUAAAUUAAAAUGAAAGUAAAACACAAGCAAUUAAACUAAUACUUUCCAAAUAUCAUAUCCAUGUCCUUCAUUGUGUCCCGCAAUCAGAAUAUUACUUGGUCAGCAGUUUCCUCACAGAAUGUGCUGUCAUGUGACCGGGCUGAUUUCAAAGCACAAAUCUCGCGACUCUUGCAAUCAUUGUCACAUGAUCCGAGGUUGGGAUAACGAUAUUUGAACCUGCAGCGAAAAAUAGUG